CCCCAAAUCUCUCUCUCUUUCUCUCUCUCCUUCUCUCUCUCCCAUAGAGUUUUUGUCAAAAGGCAUUUCGCUUGCUUCCCUUAAUUUCCUUCUAUUCCCCAUUUUUCUAUAUCUUAUCUAUUAGCUGUCCCAGAUCCCAUAAGAGUUUAGAUAUGGAGAAUUAUAACAGGGUGAUUGUGUCCACAGGGACAGUAUCAGGGCCAUUCUUUAAAGAAAGCAUAGUUUGUCAAUAUCAGAACAUGAUCGAACCCUUGGGUGGUAUAAUGAAUGGAGAAAAUCCUCUGGAAUACACGUUUCCUGUGCUUCUAGUUCAGAUUUCUAUAAUUUUCCUUUCCAACAGAUUCAUUUAUUUUUUGCUGAAACCUCUUCGACAAAGCUUGCUCAAUGCCCAAAUCUUGACUGGAAUUCUUUUAGGUCCAUCAUUUUUGUGGUAUUACUUCCCAGCUAUGAAGAACUUAUUUCCAUCUGGAGGCAGAGUAAUACUCAACGUAGCUGCAGACCUGGGUGCCAUACUUCACCUGUUUACAUUAGCAUUGCAGAUAGAUACAUCCAUAAUAAGACAGGCGAGGGCUACCGAAGCAUUACUAGCUGUAACAGGUGUUCUGUUCCCUCUAACAAUCGGGUGGAUAGCAUUCAAUUCAUUGAUCCAUGCAAGGAUGUUGGAUGAUACAAUAGUACAAGCCAUUCCUCCUGUAUUGGUUGUGAAUUGUCUGAGUUCAUUUCCUGUUAUCACCGGUCUCCUUUCUGAUCUAAAGAUUCUCAACUCGGAGCUUGGGCGUUUUGCAUCAAAGAUUUCCAUGAUUAAUGACAUGAGUUGCUUUUUCAUUAGCCAAGUUAUAGCUGUACGGCAAGCUUAUGUCCAUGAGUCUGCCGAUAUGGCAAUGAAGUACAUUGUAUGUUUUACUAUCCUUCUGGUUUUAAUCGUGUAUAUAAUUCGACCCUUCCUUUUACGGAUGACAAGCUACGCCAAACAUGGGCAACCAAUGGAGGAUACUCAUUUCUUUCUCAUAAUUAUAUCAGUACUCAUCUGUUCUUUCGGCUCUGAGCUUCUUGGCCAACAUUAUUUCUUUGGUCCUUUUGUCUUGGGGGCUGUAUUACCUGACGGGCCACCUCUAGGAACAGAAAUAGAACACAAACUUCAUAUAUUCUGUCGUGGAUUGUUACUUCCUGUUUUUGUUGCAAUUGGUGGAUUGAACAUGGAUGUGCUUGCUAUCAGAGAUGGAAAUACCCAUUCAGCGGUCAAGGUCAUUUUUGCUGUUACAUAUAUAGCGAAGUUCACUGGUGUUGUACUUCCAGCUAUUUGUUGUGGAGUGCAAUUCUUAGAUGCCUUGUGCCUUGCGCUGAUUCUGUGUUCCAAAGGCAUUAUUGAGGUUGCUAUAUAUGGCAUUUGGCUCGACGCCAAGGUUUUGGACGCUCCCUCCUUCAACAUUCUGUUAACCUCAUUGCUAAUCGUGAGUUGUUUUUCCAGACCCAUCAUUUUCUAUCUUUAUGAUCCAUCCAAGAGAUAUAAGACGAGCAACAGAAGAACCAUUCGGGGCUCCAACUACCAGACUCAGCUGCGCAUACUGAUUUGCAUCCACAAUCCAGAUGAUGUCCCUACAAUCUUAAGCCUCCUUAAAGCCUUCAACCCCACAAGAGAUAGCCUUAUUACAGUCUUUGUCCUACAACUGAUGCAGCUGACAGGGCGGGCAGCAGCAAUACUUGUUCCUCAUAACGAAAUAAACACUCUCAAGAGCACCAGAAACUGCUCGUUGCAUAUCUUCAACGCUUUCGAGCGCCUUGAGCAACACUGCAAGGGCAGUAUCCUGGUGCAACAUUUUACUGCAGUAGCGCCAUACAAAAGUAUGCAUACUGAUAUAUGCACAAUAGCCCUUGACAAGAGAACAACCAUAGUCAUUAUACCCUAUCAUAAACGAUGGAGCUUUGAUGGAACAAUAGCAUCGACCGAUUCGUCCAUCAGAGCUGUCAAUCAUACCGUCAUGGAAAUGGCCCCUUGCUCUGUUGGACUCCUCAUUGACAGGGGACAAAUCGGUGGCAACCGCUUUGUUUCAAGUGAGUAUUCAAUGUAUCGAAUUGCCAUGUUCUUCUUUGGAGGGGAUGAUGAUGGUGAGGCUCUGGCAAUUAGUGAACGCAUAGCCAGUCAUCCUAAUGUGAGCUUCACCGUAGUUCUUUUCAAACAUGAUUUGUACAAUAAUGAGGAAAAGGAGAGGACCAUAGAUUAUUGGAUUGAGAAUCUGCCAAGUGAAGACUGCAAGGAUAAGCUACAAGUUAAAGAGGUGAUAGUGAAAAAUGGAGAAGAAACAAUAAAAGAAAUAUGUUCUUUAGGAGAUGCCUUUGAUUUAGCCAUAGUUGGAAGGCAUCAGGACCCUCAUUCUCCAUGCACAAUGGGCCUAACAGAAUGGAGCGAGGGUCCUGAGCUUGGGGCGAUCGGGGACAUGUUAUCCUCUACAGAUUUUGGAUUUUCAGUUCUUGUGGUGGCGCAACAGCCGCUAAUGGCAGCAGGGCCAUGCGAGCUUAAGUCACUCAAUAGUAGUAAAUCUUUAAAUUCCAUAGCAUCAUCCUCUAACUUAUCUAAAGAUGAUGAAUGGAAACCUAUAGUCAAUUAUAUCUAAUUAGUAGGUUAUAAUUCAAGAAAUCGUAUAAAUGAGAUGGCAAGGGUCUUUUUUAGUUUAAUUAAGGUGUAUAGCUUGAAUCUUAAAUAUGCAGCUGCGUUAAAAUUCUUCA